CUACCUCUCUGUUUUCAUUCGUUUUUGUUUGCUGCAUCAAGGCAGUGCAACUUUAUAUCAGCUGAAAGCCGGUUGUAGGAAAAAUACUUAUAAUCCAUACUAGCUCAGUUAAUGAGUUCAAACUAUUUCGUAAUUCUGUAAGGUGUCAUCCCAAUCUGUCGUUAUCAUCAAAUUAUAUAACGCUAUAGAACAAGCACAUCUUUGUUUUGGGAUUCAUUUUGCUUCUGGAGGAUCCUUCAACUUGAAUCUCUACAAUGCCCAAAAAUCCGGACGCGGAGAAGAACAACCCCUGCCUGAAGGAGCAAGAUCUGGUACACAAAUGCCUAAACCAGAACAACUAUGACAACAGUCAGUGCGAGCUGUACUUUGCCAAUUACAAAAAUUGUAAGGACUUCUGGUACCGGGUACAGCGAGAUCGACGUGCCCACGGUAAAUAUCCCUAUCUACCGGAAAUGGCCGACCGGGAACGAAUCAAGCAGGAGUACAUGAAUACGAAAAUUAGUGGGUGAGGAGUUCGUUUGGCUGGAAAUGAGAUUGUUGAUGAUGUUACAAUAAAGGAAUAUUUGUUUUACUUAUAAUGUGAGAAAUAUUAAAUCAUAAAUCAAAUGCAA